AUGAGUCGGCCUGGAAAGCUUGCCCCAGAAGUCAACCGAGCUCUCUUCGUAAAGAACCUGAGCUACAACGUAUCCCCGGAAGAGCUCUUCGACCUGUUCGGCAAGUUCGGUCCUGUUCGCCAAAUCCGACAGGGCAUUGCGAACAACACCAAGGGCACUGCAUUCGUCGUCUAUGAAGACGUGAUGGACGCCAAGCAAGCCUGCGACAAGCUCAACGGCUUCAACUUCCAGAACCGCUACCUCGUCGUACUAUACCACCAGCCCGAGAAGAUGGCGAGGUCGAAAGAUGACAGCAGCCGCCGCUCGUCCGACUUAGAAACCGGCAAGACCAGCACCCCAGGCACUGGCUGUCCCGGAGCCCGUGGGUCUCAAGACGACAACGAGGAAAUCCAGGACGACGACUGUACGUUUCAGCAUGGAUACCAAGCCGGCGGCGUCGACUGCCAGCAGCUUCAAUUCUUCUUCAUCUUCAACUUCUUCCGCUUCUACCAACAAGCGGGAUUCUGGGGAUUCAACUUCAGGCCGUAA